AUGAAUGUUGUAGAAACACACAGUGAAUUACAAACGGAAAGAUUUUACUAUGGCAGCCAACAAUAUUAUUUGAAAAAAUACUUAGGAUUUGAUAAGACACGUAUUUCAGAAGUAGAUAAAAGCAUUGCUCUUUUAUUAACCAACUCUCACUAUUCUUUUCAUGGCAUAAAACCAAAAACUCCAGCUAUUAUUGAAAUUGGUGGUAUAAAUAUAAAAAAUGAUUCUUCAGAACUUAAUUUGAGUUUGAGGAAAAUUCUUGACGAGAGUACCAGCGGUUUCAUUUACGUUUCAUUUGGUACUUUGACACUAGUAGAAACCUUGCCGAUGAAAUUUUUAAAUCAAUUAUUUACUACAUUUUGUAAAAUAACACCUAUCAGAGUUAUCAUGAAGCUCUCAAGUAUAGACUUUCUCCGAAAAAAUCUAUGCGAUAACGUAUUCGUAUACGACUGGCUACCUCAACAAAAAUUACUAGAACAUUCAAAUAUCAAAGCCUUCGUAACUCAUGGAGGUGGAUUGAGUUCGCAAGAGACCAUACACUAUGCAGUACCUGUCAUAUGUAUCCCGAUCUUCGCUGAUCAAAAUUUUAAUUGUGAUAUCUUUGUUUCAAAAAAUAUGGGUGUCAAAAUUGACAUUAAGACUGCGCAGUCGAAAGAUUAUGACGAUGCUUUUCAAGAAAUUUUAUCAAAUUCACAAUACAAAAAUUCAAUGAAGAAGUUUUCACAUUUGUAUUGGGAUCGACCUCAAUCACCUCGGGAAGCUGUAAAUUAUUGGGUUGAAUAUGUUAUUCGUCAUGGUAAAAAUGUUUUGAGAUCACCUGCUUUGGAUCUCGAAUGGUGGCAAUUCGAGUUGAUCGAUGUUUAUUGUCUUCUAUUUUUAUGCACUCUACUUGUCGCUUUCUUCUUGAUUUUAAUUAUUGGAUAUACGUUCAAAUUACUUAUACAGUUACUUAGUUCAUCGAAUAAAAUAACGUCGAGUAAAAAGGUUGAUUAA